CAGUUCGAAAUGGCUGGAUGCACACUACGACCCCAUGGCCAACAUCCACACCUUUUCCGCCUGCCUGCAGCUGGCAGAUUUGCAUGGUGACGGGGAGUACAAGGGGACACAGGUUCAUGCCCUGGUCCGGGAAGAUCCCACAUGCCACGGAGCAGCUGGGCUUGUGAGCCGUGGCUGCUGAGCCUGCGCGUCUGGAGCCUAUGCUCCACAACGGAAGAGGCCACAACAGUGAGAGGCCCAUGUACCGCAAAAAAAAAAAAAAAAGAAGAAGAAAAAUAGAUAAAAAAUUUUGAAGGCACAGGUUUUUAAAAGUUUGAGAUAUAUAUUGGGCUAAAUAAAGGAAGUUAACAUGUCUGGAGUAGACUCUCUUUGAGGCAGUUUCACAUACAUAGAUAUUAUUUAUUAGUGGGAAAAUAGAUUCUGAGAGGCUGAGUUUACCGAGUUUGUAAAAGGUGGCAGACCUGGGUCUGUCAGCUCAGCCCUCAGCAAGGGCAGUGAACCCACAAUGGGUGUGUUAUGUGGGCAGCUUGAAGGGAGUCAUACCCUACAUGGACUGUGCAGUCGGAUUUGGUGACUUUGGCCCCCAAAUUCCUAUCCAUAAAUCAUUCAACAAUUCGGCAAGCAUACAGUGAACCCCUUCUGUGUGUCAGGUGUUGUGCACACACUAAACUUAGAAAUGAGCCAGUCCAUAGUCAGAAGGAGAUAUAGACAAUGCCCUUAAUUCAUCCAUGAUGUUGACUGAACACCUAGUGUAUGCUUGGCGCUGGGCUGACAGCAGUGAAGGGUGGAGAAAUCACAGACCCAAUAACUAAUGUGAAAUGGUAAUGCUUUUGUGUAAUAACUUUUUCAAUGGCUAGUUUGCUUACUGUCGAUUCCAAGCAUCUAACCCAGUGCCUGGCACAAAUUAGAUAAUUGAUAAAUAUUUUUGGGGUAGAUGAGUGGAUGCUAAAAUAGAAUAUAUGGAAAUUAUUACGGGAGCACCAAUGAAAGAACAGUGACUCUAUCAGGAGGCACUAGAGGGCAGUAACAUGAACUGGUGCUGAAGGAUGAAUGAAGUGUCCCAAGAAGGCAUGGAAGAGAGGAGGGCAUUCCAGGCAGAGGGAACAGCACAAGCAGAGGCAGAGAGGCUUGGAAGUUCACAGCAUAUUUGGAAAGAGCAAAUUUGAAAUUAGAAAGUUGAGGCCAAUAUGAAAUAAUAGUUAAGACCACCGGCUUUGGAUCCAGACAGACCUAGGUUCAGGUCCUAGCUCUACCACUGACUAGCCGGGUGACUUUUACCUAACAUCUCUAAGCCACAGCUUCCUCAUUUGUGAAAUGAGGCUAAUAAUCGUACCUACCUCACAGGUUGUUGCUAGGAUUAAAUGAAAGGAUGCAUGAAGUUACUGGUGUGGCUCCUAGCACACUACAUGCGCAGAAUCCGGGCAUUCUGUGGCCGCCCGCAUUCUGGCUGGAGCAUAGCAUGGAUAGGGAGGUGUUAGAAAACAAGUUGGGAACCAGAUCAGAGGGGCCUUGAAGGCAUCACUCAGGAGAAUGGGUUUGCAUGACAGCUAUGGUGGCUUGGAGGGUGGAAAAGACAGGCUGAGGAGCUUGGUUCUCCUCUCUGGGUCCGUAGAGCACAUCCUGCUCUGCGUGACUGGUUCUGCAUCUUUAGCUCUGUUCCCGUUUGGAAGCCAGGCCUCAGAGCCCAGAUAUGAGUUUCAGGCCCCCCACUGACCUCAGCAACUGUUCCAGUGUCUAGAACAGUGCCUGGCGUGGAGCAGGCCCUGAAGAAAUGUUUACUGAACAAGCAAUGAAAACAUGAGCUGCCACCUAUUCCUCGCUAGGUUCUCUAGUUGAUUACCUCAUUUGAUUUUCACUACAAGUGUCGUAUGGUAGGUAUUCCCCUUUUGCACGUGGGAAAACUGUGGCUCAGGAAGUUGCAUCAGUUUUCCCAAGGUCACACAGCUUACAAGCCUUCUUGCAAAGCCUUUGCCCUUCCCCCACCCACCCAUGGUGCAUUGUGAGUGUAUACGAAUGUGCACCAGCAAAAAGCUAAGCCCAAGAAGAGGGGCAGUAGCGGGGGUGGUCUUUAGACCCUGAGCCAGGAAUCAGCCCGCCUCUCUCUACAGCUGGUGGUGGGGGACCUUGGCCCAGGUGGGCAGCAGCCCCGCCUGAAGGUGCUUAAAGGGCCCACAGUGCUGAGCGAAAGCCCGCUACCUGCCCUGCCAGCUGCUGCUGCCACCUUCCUCAUGGAGCAACACGAACCCCGGACACCAGCGCUGGCACUCGCGUCAGGCCCUUGUGUGUAUGUGUAUAAGAAUCUCAGGCCCUACUUCAAGUUCAGCCUGCCCCAGUUGCCUCCAAACCCCCUGGAACAGGACCUUUGGAACCAGGCCAAAGAGGACCGGAUUGACCCCCUGACCCUGAAGGAGAUGCUGGAGGGCAUCCGGGAGAAGGCAGAGGUGCCUUUGUCUGUACAGUCACUCAGGUUUCUGCAGCUGGAGCUGAGUGAAAUGGAGGCAUUUGUGAACCAGCACAAGUCCAAGUCCAUCAGGCGGCAGUCUCUGGGGGGAUGGUGUGAGGGGAGCUACUGGGUGACCCCUGGAGUCCCUCUGCAGACAGUCAUCACCACCAUGACCACCUUAAAGAAGAACCUGGCUGACGAGGAUGCUGUGUCCUGCCUGGUGCUGGGCACUGAGAACAAGGAGCUCCUGGUGCUGGACCCAGAAGCCUUCACUGUUUUGGCCAAGAUGAGCCUACCCAGCGUCCCCGUCUUCCUGGAGGUUUCUGGCCAGUUCGAUGUGGAGUUCCGUCUUGCUGCUGCCUGCCGCAACGGGAACAUCUAUAUGCUGAGAAGAGACUCCAAGCGCCCCAAGUACUGCAUCGAGCUGAGUGCCCAGCCUGUGGGGCUUGUCCGGGUUCACAAGGUCCUGGUGGUGGGCAGCAACCAAGACAGCCUGCAUGGCUUCACCCACAAGGGUAAGAGGCUGUGGACAGUGCAGAUGCCCGCAGCCAUCCUGACCAUGAACCUCCUGGAGCAGCGCUCCCGGGGCCUGCAGGCCGUCAUGGCCGGACUGGCCAACGGAGAGGUCCGCAUCUACCGCGACAAGGCCCUGCUCAGCAUCGUCCGCACGCCGGAUGCAGUGACCAGCCUUUGCUUUGGCCGCUACGGGCGGGAAGAUCACACCCUCAUCAUGACUACACGAGGCGGUGGCCUGAUUAUCAAGAUCCUGAAGCGCACAGCAGUGUUUGUGGAGGGGGGAGGUGAAGCAGGUCCCCCACCAGCCCAGGCCAUGAAACUCAACAUGCCCCGAAAGACCCGGCUUUACGUGGAUCAGACACUGCGAGAGCGGGAAGCCGGCACCGCCAUGCACCGGACCUUCCAGGCAGACCUCUACCUGCUGCGCCUCCGGGCCGCCCGUGCCUAUGCGCAGGCCCUCGAGUCCAGCCUGAGCCCCGUGUCUGCGACGGCGCGGGAGCCGCUCAAGCUGCACGCUGUGGUUCAGGGCCUGGGCCCCACCUUUAAGCUCACCCUUCACCUGCAGAACACCUCAACAGCCCGACCCAUCCUGGGGCUGCUGGUCUGCUUCCUGUACAACGAGGGGCUCUAUGCUCUGCCCCGGGCCUUCUUCAAGGUCCCCUUGCUGGUGCCAGGGCUCAACUACCCCCUGGAGACCUUUGUGGAGAGUCUUAGUGACAAGGGCAUCUCAGACAUUAUCAAGGUAGGUUGCCGGUUGGUACUAGUUGGGGAGGUCAGUGUGAGUGAGUGCGGACAAGGCCCCCGGGUGGCUGCCAGGAUGGGGUGGGUGUCAGGAUGGGGUGGGUGUCUGCCCAGUAGAGGCCUCCCAGCCUCCCCCUCCCCUUUGACAGAGCCCUGCACUAGGGCCAGUGCAGACCAGACCGUGCUUGGCCUUUGCAGGAGCAGGGGUAAAGGGGGAAUGCCCCCUACUACCUGGGGCACCUUCUCCAUAGGUGCUGGUGCUCCGAGAAGGCCAGAGCGCACCCCUGCUCAGCGCCCAUAUCAACAUGCCUGUGAGUGAGGGGCUGGCAGCUGCCUGACGCCUGAGCCUGUGUUAAAGCCCCUGUGGAAUCAGGACCAGGGAGUUCCAGCCCCUCCCACUGAGCCGGGCAGAGUCCACGGCCCCAGGCCCACUCCAGUGCAGCAGUGUGCUGGGCAACAGCCUCCCUCUCCUCUCCUAGUGCCCCUUUCUCGCCACCCUGACCACUGGGUGACCUGUAGCAGCAGGUCAGUGAGUCCCCAGGAGGUUGGGCUCCAACCUCCUCAGGGAAACCCAGGCAUUGGCCCUUUGGGCUCUCUCUUCUCCCCACUUUUCCCCAGAAGCCACUCCCAGGUCUGAAGGCAGAGUUCUGAAGUGCUCAAGGUGAGAUGAGGGCAUAGGCCCAGCCUCCUCGUCUGCCGCUUCCCUUAGGCAUGUCACUCUGCUGCUGCUGCAGAAUUGGCUGGGGCCUUGCCUGAGACAAUCAGAGGCUCUUCUUGGGUGAGACUGAGCCCCCUGUUGCUCCCUGGGGUUCCAGAGGCUUGGCUCCUCCCAGCUCAGCUUGCAGGCAAAACACAUGCUCUGAUCUCCCCUCGUGAGCUCAGCAGGGGGCCCCAGGAAUAGCUGCCUUCCCACCGGAAGUCUUGGGCUCAGCCAAGGUCUCAGGCCUGUGAUGCUCCGUGAAGAUCACCAAGGGAGAAGCUGCUGCGGGGGGCAGAGAGCACCGUGCAGGAGCUAGUGGCCCCAGCCCCCACCAGGCUUCUGAAGACCACACAGCUGCUGCUCCUGACUUGGAUGCUCGUGCCCAGAAAGCAUCCCAGGAGAGGAAGGCUCAGAGAGACAGAGCAGAGGUGGGGCCGCGGCACACAGGAGGGGCGUCUCUGGGGUCCUGGGGAGGGGCUUUGGGAGGCAGAAGCCUAGAACUGCCAGUCAAGAUGCUCUUCUGUGCCCCGGAGCCCAGAUCGGUCAGGUGAGUGGCAGGUUCACUGGGCAGUGGCCACAGUGUGAGAUUCACUGGAAAGGCAUGGACCAUAGGUGUUGAGUCAGGUUGAAGACUGAAUGAAGGUACAUGUUUAGACCUUAAGCAUCAGAGACCCACAGUCUGGGCCCUUGGUGCUUCCUGGAGCCCCCUGGCUAGUCUGCCUGGCCCGCCUCACAGCCUUCUUUUGAGUUAGCGCUACCAGGGCCGCCCUGAGCCAUUUGUGAGCCAGGAACCCUACUGCCUGAGGAAGGACCUAUAUCUUCUGUCUGACCAGGUACAGGCUAGCAUGUGGCAGACAGCUCAGGCUUGUGGGAAGUACCCAAAUCCCUGUGUGUUUCAGUUUCCCCAAGCAUAAAAUGAGGCAGUUUGACCAGAUUCAGCUCUAACAUCCUAAAGUUGGCAGCCCCUCUAGAGGAAACAAGGAGUCAACUCCAGAAAGUAAGUGCAGGAGAGGAGUAAGUGCAGAGCUUUUGCUCUUGAGACCAAGGGCCCCAAGCUGAUUGAUUCUGCCGGGCAACAGCCUCUGUGCCGGAGACAGUGAGGGACGGCCCACAGUCACCCCCUGUCCUCCCCAGGGAAUGCAUUCUGGGGCCAGGUUAAGAGAAGCAAGGGGACUGGACCAGAGAAACAGCCCCAUCCCCCUCCUCUCUGCAGAGUCCAGCCACUCGCAAACAAACCAAUUGGAUCAGGGUGGUCUAGACUUUCUAGAUCGAGCUGACUGAGGCACAGUUGGAAUAAGCAGGACGUUUCGUCUGGAAAUGGAAAGACAGGUAGAGCGAGUGUCGCUGUCAGAGAGAUUUCAGCUUAACCUGAAGAGUCUUCUGAGACAGCUUAUCAGAGACGGAAGGGCCUGCCCUAGCAGGUAUUGGGCCCCUUGUCACUGGAGCUGUGGCACUGAGGCUGGGCCAGAUGACCUCACAAUCCCUUUCACCCCAGUGAAGUGAUGAACUGUGUGAACAAAGAAGUCUGAUCUGGGUUCAAGUCAUAGUUAUUCAUGAUGAUGAAAGCAGAGAAACUAUUCCUAAGCCCAACGUAACGUGAAUUUAUAUGAUAUAAUACAAUGUACCUAUUAUUAAAAAAUAUGUGAAUUGUACUGGUCUGGACAGUGUAAAUAAAGCAAUACAAAGCAAGAAACUGUGCAUGAUACCCCAUGCCCUCACCAGUUAGAGCUCCAAGAAACUGUACAUUAAGGAUGAGGAGAGUGGUGCUUUUUUUUUUUUUU